GGUCCAAGCACCGGCUCCCCUUUGUCUUUCUUGGUGGAGCCGAGACUAAUAGCAAUGGGGGGGAACGCUGGAGCCCUAAGCCUAACGAAUCGUAUCUGGGUGAACGGGGUGCCGGCGGAGGCGAGCCUGGCCGCCGACGGCACGCUCCGUUGGAGGACCGGCGCCGGCGACGAGAGGUGCCUGGCCGUGGAAUCGGAUGUCCUGGGACUCGAGGCCGAGGGGCAGAGGAUUACGCUCAGGGCCUUCGUGCGAUCGUAUAGAGAGGUUUCUUGCGGCGGUGGGAGCUUCGGGAAGAGGACGAGGAGAGACUACGUUCUGCAGCUGCCGACCGAGGAGGCCGCGUCUCAAUGGAGCCAGCGGCUGAGGGAUUGCAUCAAGUCCCUUGGUCGUCCGAAGAGGUUAUUUAUUCUUGUAAACCCCUUUGGUGGAAAGAAAAGUGGGCGCAAGAUCUUCCACAGAGAAGUCAUGCCCCUUCUUGUAGCCGCUGAUAUUCUUUAUACAAUGCAAGAGACAAAGUAUCAGCUUCAUGCUCAAGAAAUUGCCUAUUCGCUGGAUCUUCUAAAAUAUGAUGGAAUUGUAUGUGUUAGUGGCGACGGUGUUCUUGUGGAGGUAGUCAAUGGCUUGCUGCAAAGAGAAGACUGGGAUGCUGCAAUCAAAGUGCCUCUUGGGAUAAUUCCAGCAGGCACAGGGAAUGGCAUGGCAAAAUCACUUCUGGAUUCAGUUGGCGAUUUGUACUCCAUUUCCAAUGCUACAUUUGCUGUUAUCAGAGGCCACAAACGUGCGCUUGACGUUACUACCAUUUUGCAAGGAGAGAAGAAGUUCUUCAGUGUCUUGAUGCUUACUUGGGGUUUGGUGGCUGAUAUUGACAUCGAGUCCGAGAAGUAUAGGUGGAUGGGAAGUGCUCGUUUGGACUUUUAUUCUCUUCUGCGAAUAAUGAACUUGCGAAGAUACAAUGGACAUGUUCAAUUUGUGCCUGCACCUGGAUAUGAAUCAUAUGGAGAACCACUAAAGCAGAAUGGCAGCUACAUGGGCAACACUGCACUGUCUGAACAAGGCCAAGCAAACAAUGCUAAAGUUAAAUCAUGUGGUUACCCAGGCCCAGUUGCUUCCUUCGAUGGUUUGGAAUGGAGGUCAAUUGAUGGCCCUUUUGUUUCAGUUUGGAUUAACAAUGUGCCUUGGGCUGGUGAAGAUAUUAUGCCAGCUCCUGAAGCUAAGUUCUCAGAUGGCUGCUUGGAUGCAGUCAUAAUCAAGGAUUGCCCAAAAUCAGCCCUUCUAGCAUUGAUAUUAAAAAUGAGUGACGGAAGUUACAUCAAAUCACCAUAUGUCAUGUAUCUCAAGGUGAAGGCAUUCCGGUUAAACCCUGGUCAGCGUGUUGGCAAUCCCACCAAGGGUGGUAUCGUUGACUCUGAUGGAGAGGUUAUCGCUAGGGGAGACCGAGUCAAUGAUGGCAUUCAUCGGGAGAAUCUAAUGUCCUAUGGGCCUCUCAUUCAAAUGACGGUCGACCAGGGUUUAGCAACUAUAUUCUCACCUAGAUGAAUUGUUUUUCUUACCCCGCAUCAGCUCUCUUUUUGUCUAUUUCAUUGUCAGCUGUGUAGAGCUAUGUACAUAUACAUCUUAAAUAAGCAAGGAAAAAGAAAUUUAUGACA